AAAGUUAGUAGCCACCGUGCGGCAAACCCCAACGCACGCGCAGAAAAUAGCAACCUAGUUAAAAUAAUUUAAGAGGUUGUCUGUUUUAUAAAGCGUAGAUAAUAAAUUGUUUUAAUUUGCUGUUUCCCAUUUGAUUUCCGCGCGCUUUUUUGGCGGGAUUCAGUUGUGUUUGAAUAUAGUGCAUAUGUUAAUCGCAGUCUAAGGAAUAAAAGAAAAUGUUCCACGGAGGCAUUUGGGGUAAACUACGUAAUUUCUACAAAUGGUACGUCUUGGGUUUGGUGUCGGUUGGCUACAUCCUCGGCGAACUCGGACAUUACCUUAUUGGAACAACAUCAAAAGUGACGGCAGAUGAUUUACACUAUGGGGAUAAAUCGUGUAUGUUGAACGCGACUCACCUUACCCUCAGUCAGCUACCAGUCGUAUGCGAAAAGGUCAACUCUAGCGAUAUAUGCGAGACACUCGAACUAAACGGAACUAGAUACUGCGAGUGGGGCUACAAUGGCCUUGGUAUCGACUACCAAGUCCUCGCCGGUCCUGCUUUCAUGGCUGUGUUCACAGUCGUUGGUGUUAUACUGGGUGUGGCGGCUGAUAAAUUCAACAGAGCCCGCAUCCUGAGCAUAUGCACAUUAGUGUUUGUGAUAGCAAUUCUCUUGAUGGGUUCAGUAAAAGAGUACUGGCAUCUAGUAAUAUUGAGAAUGAUAAUGGCGGCAGGAGAAUCUGGUUGCAAUCCUCUUGCAACAGGUAUCCUGACUGACCUAUUUCCCGAACACCAGAGGGCGCUUGUGUUAUCUAUCUUCAAUUGGGGUAUCUAUGGCGGUUACGGUAUCGCUUUUCCCGUUGGAAGAUACAUCCCUGAAGUCAAUGCUUGGGGACUUAGUUGGCGUGUCUGCUACUACGGCGCGGGUAUCAUCGGAUUGGUCAUAUCUGCCCUUACCUUCUUAACUCUUCGCGAACCAGCUAGAACUACUAUUGGAGAAGAAGGUGCUGACAAUAACAAAGCAAGGGACUCUACUGUAGAGGCAGGAAAGAAGAUGCCUCAAGUGACCAUCUGGCAUGUAAUUGCUCAACCGAGAAUCAUACUUCUUUGCUUAGCGGCCUCUAUCAGACAUUGCGGUGGUAUGACAUUCGCGUACAACGCGGACCUGUACUACCGUGACUACUUCCCAGACGUGGACCUCGGCUGGUGGUUAUUCGCUGUCACUGUUGGAAUCGGGUCCAUCGGCGUCGUCGUCGGAGGUGUCAUCUCCGACAAAUUCGUGUCAAAGAUGGGUGUAAGAUCUCGAGUGCUGGUUCUGGCUCUAUCUCAGUUAAUUGCCACUCUCCCCGCCUUCGGUUCAGUUGUGUUCGGUCCGCUUUGGGCAAUGAUAACCCUCGCUAUCUCAUAUUUCUUCGCUGAAAUGUGGUUCGGAAUCGUGUUCGCGAUUCUGGUAGAGAUAGUGCCGCUGUCGGUGCGCUCAACGACCGUCGGCGUGUUUCUGUUUGUGAUGAACAAUGUGGGUGGAAACCUACCCAUCCUGGUGGACCCGGUCUCUAAGGCUAUCGGCUAUAGGGAGGCCAUUAUGAUAUUCUACGCUGGCUUCUACGGCAUCAGUAGCAUAAUGUUCUUCCUGACUAUGUUUUUAAUGGACGGCCCUAUUGAGAGACCUGAGGAAACAGAGAACAAGCCAAGUGGCCUUGACAACAGAGCAUACACACACGACGAACCAAGACGCGGAAGAAGUGAAAACGCCAGGCUAUAAAAUAAAUAGACUAACUUGAAUCAAAAGACAAUAUUGUUAUAAGCACUUACCAAUUUGUUAUCGACGGAAGACGCUUGACGUAACAUUGACGUAGCUACGGAUUUAUGUUAGGGGCGACAACUAUUGCUGUACUAUUACAAUCAAAAAGUGGGACCCUUCA